CCCCGCGCGGUCCCGCUCUGGAUUGGUUGGGGUCGGCCAUUAGUUGUUCUUUGUUAGGCCGGAGCGGGUUUUCGGUCUGGAGUUUGCACUUCGGAGGGCAGCGGCCUUCGCGGAUCGCCAUCACCAUUACCAGGUGCAGUAGGAGCGACGGUCCGUCAGCGGCCUGGACUGAGCAUGAGCGGCGGUGUGUACGGCGGAGAUGAGGUUGGUGCCCUUGUGUUUGACAUUGGGUCGUACACAGUCAGGGCUGGCUAUGCUGGAGAAGAUUGUCCAAAGGCAGACUUCCCAACAGCAAUUGGGAUGCUGUUGGAGAGGGAUGAUGGAAGUGCACCUAUGGAAAUAGAAGGAGACAAAGGAAAGUCAAGCGGCACAACUUAUUUCAUCGACACAAACUCUUUGCGAGUUCCAAGGGAAAAUAUGGAAGUUAUCUCUCCUUUGAAGAAUGGAAUGAUUGAAGACUGGGACAGUUUUCAAGCAAUUCUAGAUCACACAUACAAGAAUCACAUAAAAUCUGAAGCUGGUCUACAUCCUGUUUUGAUGUCAGAGGCCCCAUGGAAUACAAGGGCAAAGAGGGAGCGGCUUACUGAGUUGAUGUUUGAACAUUAUAAUAUUCCAGCUUUUUUCCUGUGUAAAACAGCUGUGCUCACAGCAUUUGCAAAUGGCCGCUCCACAGGCUUGGUGUUAGAUAGUGGAGCCACGCACACCACGGCUAUUCCAGUACAUGACGGAUAUGUUCUUCAACAAAGCAUUGUUAAGUCACCACUUGCAGGAGACUUCAUCUCCAUGCAGUGCAGGGAACUAUUUCAAGAAUUAAAUGUGGAAAUAAUCCCACCUUAUAUGAUUGCAUCAAAGGAAUCAGUGCGUGAGGGAUCACCUCCUAAUUGGAAGAAGAAAGAGAAACUACCUCAGGUCACACGAUCCUGGCACAACUACAUGUGCAAUGAAGUGAUUCAGGAUUUCCAAGCUUCAGUGCUCCAGGUGUCUGAUUCUUCAUAUGAUGAACAAGUGGCUGCCCAAAUGCCCAGCGUUCAUUAUGAAUUUCCUAAUGGCUAUAACUGUGAUUUUGGUGCUGAACGACUAAGAAUUCCAGAAGGCUUGUUUGAUCCUUCCAAUGUCAAGGGUUUAUCUGGAAACACAAUGCUGGGUGUCAGCCACGUAGUGACCACAAGUGUUGGAAUGUGUGACAUUGAUAUUAGACCGGGUUUAUAUGGCAGUGUGAUUGCAGCAGGUGGAAACACAUUAAUACAGAGCUUCACAGACCGUUUGAACAGGGAGCUCUCCCAGAAAACGCCACCUAGCAUGCGGUUGAAGUUAAUGGCCAAUAACACCACAGUGGAACGAAGAUUUAGCUCCUGGAUUGGUGGGUCUAUUCUAGCUUCUUUGGGUACAUUCCAACAAAUGUGGAUCUCUAAGCAGGAAUAUGAAGAAGGAGGAAAGCAAUGUGUUGAAAGAAAAUGUCCUUAAAAUUAACCAAUAUUAUGGAUCUAUCACCUGUGAAGAUUUUACACCAGUCUUUACCUUUUUUUGUCACCCUAACUCGGGUUCUCAGGAACAGUGCUGAACCUCUUGUACAAACACUUUUUUUCUCCUCCCUCCAUGGGCUUCUUUGUAUAGCGGCUAGAUAAUGUAUAUUUAUAAAUGUUUUUAAAAAUUGUUCAGCCAAUUUUACUGACCAACCAGACCCCCAAAGACCUGUUUACAAACUUCCAAGUUAUUAUUUGUAUUAGAUUCAGAUUACACUAUGUUCAGGCAACACCAAAUAUUAUUACGCUAGUGAUAUUUUUGUAGUUGGUUAUGUUUUUUACACAGUAUAAAUGAACUGUUUAUCUUGUGCCUUUAAAUGAUAGCAGUUGUUUACAUGUCAGCUGAAAGCAAAUCUGGAGGUACGGCAGAAUAAACAUACUUGUGAUAGUCCUUAAUUACCCCUAACUGCUGUUUAAAGAUUUUUCAAUUCCCUGUGCACUUCACAUCAUACUCACAUGGACUUAAUAUUUAAAUUGAGUCAGUUGUGUAACAAUUUAAUUUUUUAUUUACAGGUUUUUUCAGUGCAAGAUUAACUUGAUGCAGACCGAUGUUGGAAUUUUUCCUUUAGUACUUUCUCUUCCUCCAUUUUUGCCUUUCUUGCAUUGUUGAUUUUACGUAGGUGCUUCUCAAUACGUCGCCUAGCAGAAAUAAAAAAAAAAUUGGCAGUUAAUUCAUACUCAGCUCUUCCACCACUUCACCUGAUUCUGUCAAACUCUGCCAGUGUCCAUCCUUGCACCCAAACAUGUUUAACCAUUUAUGUGCUGUCCUACAUUGUCUCCAAGUUAACACAGCCUCUUAAAUUGUUUUCAACUUCAUUGUUUCUCCAGGUCUUCAAUGCUAACAUUGCGCGUCAAUUUCUCCCAUGACUAAAUCUUUCAUCCCUCAAAAGUGCUCCUUUAAAAUCUACCUCUAACCAAGGUUUUUUUUUCACUUGCAUUAACAUUGCCUUGUGCUUGGCAUAAAAUUCUAUUCUAUAGUGCUGGAUAUUUAACUUCCUUCCUUUAUGCUCAAGCUUCGUUGUUGAUUAAUGAGCUAGUUUGCUGUAUGAAAUAAGUGCAGAGUCUAAACCAGUUCUUCUUCCAUUUCAACUGGUGAUGAGUGUUGAGUGGCAAGUAGUAUUAUUGUUUAUUUGCACUGGCUAUUCUAGGAUAGAACCUUCUAACCAGACUAACUAACAGGAUUUAAACAAGUCUGCAUUAGUGGAGAUUCAGAUUUUAUACCUCUAAUGACUAUUCAUUCUUUUUAAAUUUUUUAACCCUUUUUAAGCCUUCAAUAAAAUACUUUAGGCAGUGUAAAACAGCACGGGCCACACAAAUACUAUUUCUUAUUCCCAACUAAGUACAUCAGUUUCUUGGUUUUCCUUUUUUGUUUUUACAUAAAACUUAACAACCUUUACCAAUACAGUAAUAGAUGAUAACUCAGCAAUAAUUUUUUAAAAAUUUUUACAGAAAAUGAAGCUGGAGCAAAAGAUGGCUAUAAACCAAGAAUCAAACUUUUCCAAUCCUACGAAAGAAAGCAUGUUUUAAAAAUAAAUUCAUUCAUGGGAUAUGGGUUGUCAUUAGCCAGACCAGCACUUAUUAUCCAUCCUGAACUUCCCAGAGGGCAGUUAAGUGUCACCUACAGUACGGAGUGUAGCUUUCUAUCUAAGCCAAACCAGGUGAUUUUCUUUCCCUAAAAGGGCACCAAUGGCUUUUUCUGACCAUCUACAAUCAUUUCAGUGUCAUCAUGUGACUCCUAAUUCCACCAUCUACCAUGGCAGGAUUCAAACUGGGGUCUCUUGAUCAAUAGUCUAGCAAUAAUAGCAGUAGGCCAUUACCUCUGCUAAAAGCAUGCAAUAGUGACUCUUGCUCCCAUUAAGACUUGUCCUCACAUGCAUUAAAGAUAAUACUUCAACAUUUCCGCAGUUUAACAUACUGUUACAAUCAUUCAAUAUAGAAAAUACUUGAACCAACACUAAUAAAAUACCAUAAAUAAAAGGUUGAAGAAAAUAAUGGAUGAUAUAACUGCAAAUCUUAUAAAUUCAGCUGAACUGUAAACUGUUAAGAUAAUGAUUCCUUACCUAACAAAAAUAUCCACAAAUGGUAGCGUGUAAAAUCGUUUUCUUCUGUAUAUCUUGUUUAGAUACCAAGGAAUAGGCCAUUCCUUAAAUUUGUACCUAGAAAAGAAAAAUCUGAAGUAGAAGGCUUAACCCUGAUUUAGUAAACUUUUAUAGCAUCAUAAAAUCAGACAAUAUUUAUUGGAAUGCUACCUUGAAUAAACUGCAAUGCACUGGAUUACAUAAG